AGCCCGGGCAUGUGCCCUGAACUAGGCGACCUCCUGGUUCUUGGAUCCAGGCGCAACCACCGAGCCACCGGAGGCUGGGCUGCUGGGAAGAUUUGAACACUUGUAUUUCUGUAGCCCUGUUAAUGUCUCCUUUGUUUUCAUACCAUUUCGAAAGUUGGCUCUUGCACUUACAGUGCUGUUUGUUUAUGCUCUUACGCAAUAUGACUUUAUCCUAUAACGAGACGUAUUCUUGUCUACGUGUUUAUAACAGUUUAUUACGUAUUUCACACGCUGUUCUAUGACUGCUUUGUUCUAGACAGUGUUCUGAUAAAAAUGCGGGCAGAAUUACGAAUCCACUUGAUCAGAAUAAAAAGUUUCUAAUACGGAACUUCCAGGGAAUGAGUAGAAUUACCUACUCAUACUAGUUAGUGGUCCUUAACCUGUUGAAUGCCCGCUGUGUACGUUGUCCAUAAUAUCUGUGAAAUACUCAGUUCUAACAGGUAGGGAAGGAAAAACACCAAAAAAAUCUUGCUUCUGGAAGUUUCAUCAGCUCUGGCAUUUUUGCCUUUCAGUGUCCUGAUAUGUGCAACGAUGGACCAGAAAAUCCUGUCUCUAGCAGCAGAAAAGACAGCAGACGGACUGCAGGAAUUUCUUCAGACCCUGAAGGGAGAUGACCUGGCGAACCUCCUUCAGAACCAGGCGGUGAAAGGAAAAGCGGUUGGAGCCCUCCUGAGAGCCAUCUUCAAAGGUUCCCCCUGCUCUGAGGAAGCUGGAGCUCUUAGGAGACGUAAGACAUAUACUUGUUGUAUCCAGUUGGUGGAAUCCGGGGAUUUGCAGAAGGAAAUAGCAUCUGAGAUCAUAGGCUUGCUAAUGCUGGAGGCCCACAGUUUUCCAGGACCAUUGUUGGUUGAAUUAGCCAAUGAGUUUAUUGGUGCAAUCAAAGAGGGCAGCCUCCUGAAUGGAAAAUCUUUGGAGUUACUUCCCAUCAUUCUUAGUGCCCUUGUCACCAAAAAGGGAAACGUGCCUUCUGGAAAAGAGGAGCUGAGCGGGGAAGACCAUAAGAAACAGCUGAUUAACACCCUCUGCUCUGGCAGGUGGGAUCGGCGCUAUGUGAUUCAGCUCACGUCCAUGUUCAAGGAUGUGCCUCUGACUGCAGACGAGGUGGAGUCUGUGACGGAGAAAGUGCUCAAGAUGUUCUCCAAGCUGAACCUUCAAGAAAUACCGCCUUUGGUCUAUCAGCUUCUGGUUCUCUCCUCCAAGGGAAGCAGAAGGUGCGUUUUGGAAGGAGUCGUAGCUUUCUUCAGGGAGCUCGACAAGCAGCACAAGGAAGAGCAGAGCGGCGACGAGCUCCUGGACCUUAUCACUGUGCCGUCCAGUGAACUUCGCCAUGUGGAAGGCACUGUCAUCCUGCACAUCGUGUUCGCCAUGACCUUGGACUGCGAGCUAGGCAGAGAACUGCUGAAGCUCUUGAAGAUAGGACUGCAAGAUUUCAGCAACGAUGUAUGUCCCUUCAGCAUUGCCCUCCUGCUCUCUGUAGCAAGAAUACAAAGGUUUGAGGAACAGGUGUUUGACCUUUUAAAGGCUUUGGUUUUUAAAAGCUUCAAGGAUCUUCAGCUUCUCCAGGCCUCAAAAUUUCUUCAGAAUCUGGUCCCUCAUCCGUCUUGCGUUUCAGCCAUGACCCUGGAGGUGGUGAAAAACAGCGUUCAUAGCUGGGAUCAUGUGACUCAGGGCCUGGUCGAAUUUGGUUUCAUUUUAAUGGAUUCGUAUGGGCCCAAGAAGAUGGUUGAUGGGAGAGCUGUUGAAACCAGCCCCGAUCUCUCUCGGACACCAAGCCAGCACGCGUGCAAGCUGGGAGCCGAUAUCCUGUUGGAAACUUUCAAGAUCCAUGAGAUGGUCAGACAAGAAAUCCUGGAGCAAGUCCUCAACAGGGUUGUCACCAGAGCAUCCUCUCCCAUCAGCCAUUUCCUAGAGCUGCUCUCCAGCAUCGUCACGUAUUCGCCCUUAGUCCUUCAGGGCUGUUCUUCUAAAAUCACAGGAAGCUUUGACUACCUGUCCUUGCUGCCCCUUGCGACCGUGGACGGGCUCCUGAAGGCGGUGCAGCCCCUCCUCAAAGUGAGCAUGUCCAUGAGGGACUCGCUGAUCGUCGUCCUGCGGAAAGCCAUGUUUGCCAGACAGCUUGACGCCCGGAAGUCGGCAGUGGCCGGGUUUCUGCUGCUCCUGAAAAACUUCAGAGUGUUAGGCAGCCUGUCGUCCUCCCAGUGCAGCCAGGCCAUCGGCGUCAGCCAGGUCCACGUGGACGUCCACAGUCGCUACAAUUCUGUGGCCAACGAAGCUUUUUGCCUCGAGAUCAUAGACAGCCUGCGAAGGUGCUUAGGCCAGCAGGCCGAUGUGCGACUCAUGCUCUAUGAGGGGUUCUACGAUGUCCUCCGAAGAAACUCGCAGCUGGCUGAUUCUGUCAUGCACACUCUGCUGUCCCAGCUGAAGCAGUUCUAUGAGCCACAGCCUGACGUGCUGCCUCCUCUGAAGUUCGAAGCCUGUAUUUUGACCCAAGGAGAUCAGCUCUCUCUACAAGAACCCCUGGACCACCUGCUGUGCUGCAUGCAGCACUGCUUGGCCUGGUAUAAGAGCAAGGUGCUGCCCGGCCAGCAGGGAGAGGAGGAGCCUGAGGACGGGUUCUACCAGGAGAUGGAUGACAUGCUGGAGUCCCUCACGCGCAGAAUGAUCAAGACGGAGCUGGAGGACUUUGAGCUGGAUAAAUCAGCAGAUUUUUCUCAGAGCACUGGCGUCGGCAUCAAAAAUAACAUCUGUGCCUCUCUUGUGAUGGGAGUUUGUGAGGUUCUGAUAGAAUAUAAUUUCUCCACCAGUAAUUUCAGUAAGAACAAGUUUGAGGACGUCCUGAGCUUAUUUACGUGUUACAAGAAGCUCUCUGACAUCCUCAACGAAAAAGCUGGCAAAGGCAAAACUAAAACGGCCCACAGAGCAAACCAUAGCUUUUUGUCCAUGAAGUUUGUGUCUGAGCUUCUCACCACUCUCUUCAGGGACAGUACCCAAAGCCACGAGGAGAGCCUGUCUGUGCUGAGGUCCAGCGGCGAGUUCAUGCGCUACGCAGUGAGCGUGGCCCUGCGGAAGGUGCAGCAGCUGAAGGAAAUGGGGCAUGUGAGCGGCCCCGACGGCCAGAACCCAGACAAGAUCUUUCAGAACCUGUGUGACAUAACUCGGGUCUUUCUCUGGAGGUACACGUCCAUCCCCACCUCCGUGGAGGAGUCGGGAAAGAAAGAAAAGGGGAAGAGUAUCUCGCUGCUGUGCUUGGAGGGGCUGCAGAAGAUCUUCGUGGCCGUGCAGCAGUUCUUCCAGCCCCGGCUGCCCCUGUUCCUCCGCGCGCUGGAUGCCCCAGACACCGAGGGAGAGGAGGUGGAGGUCACUGUCACCCAGAGAGCAGCGUUCCAGGUCCGGCAGUUCCAGAGGGCCUUGUUGAACUUGCUCAGCAGCCCGGAGGAAGACUUCAGCAGCAGAGAAGCCCUGCUCCUUGUCAGUGUCCUCUCCAGCUUGUCCCGGCUGCUGGAGCCCUCCUCCCCACAGUUUGUGCAGAUGCUGACCUGGACAUCCAAGAUCUGCAAGGAACACAGUCGGGAGGAUGCUUCGUUCUGCAGGGGCCUGAUGAACUUGCUCUUCAGCCUCCACGUUUUGUGCAAGAGCCCGGUGGCCCUGCUGCGUGACCUGUCCCAGGAUAUUCACGGGCUCCUUGGAGACAUAGACGAGGAUGUUGAAGUGGAGAAAACAAACCACUUUGCGAUGGUGAAUUUGAAGACUGCGGCCCCUACUGUCUGUCUGCUGGUUCUGAGCCAGGCUGAGAAGGUCCUGGAGGAAGUGGACUGGCUAAUCACCAAGCUCAAGGGACAAGUGAGCCAAGAAGCCACAUCGGAAGAGGCGUCUUCUCAGGCAGCCCUGCCGCCCCGCCCCAUGGAGAAGGCCAUUGUCAUGCAGCUGGGGACUCUGCUCACCUGCUUCCACGAGCUGGUGCAGACCGCCCUGCCCUCGGGCGGCUGUGUGGACACCUUGCUCCGGGACCUCUGCAAGAUGUACGUCAUCCUCACCGCGCUUGUCAAAUACUACAUCCAGGUGUGUCGGAGCUCCAGAGGAAUUCCCAAAAUCAUGGAAAAGCUGGUGAAGCUGUCCGGCUCUCAUCUUACCCCCGUGUGCUAUUCCUUCAUUUCUUAUGUACAGAACAAGAGGAGCAGGAGCCCCCAGUGCCCAGGAGGGAAGAAAAGGAACGGAGCCGCCGUUGCCGUGGCCAUGGCCAGAGUUCUUCGGGAAACCAAGCCAAUCCCAAAUCUCAUCUUCGCCAUUGAACAGUACGAGAAAUUCCUCAUCUUUCUUUCCAAGAGGUCCAAGGUGAACCUGAUGCAACACAUGAAGCUCAGCACCUCCCGGGACUUCAAGAUCAAGGGGAACGUCCUGGACGUGCUUCUCCGGGACGAAGACGGGGACACGGAUGAGGUCAGUGUCUGCUUCUGGCGGGAGCCCCGCCUGGUCCCCCUUCCUGACCAGGGGCUGCUGGGAGCAGCCGCAGGCAGCGAAUGGGCUAAAAGGAGGUCAGGCCAAGACGAAACUAAAAACUCCCAAGAGAAGGGUUAUGUGUUUUGAGCCACAGCUGGGUGCCCAAACUUGUAGACAUUUUGGGUGCCCGUUUCCAGAAAGGGUGGUGACAAAGCAAGGCCUGACGGGGUGAAGCAGUGGACAGCGAGUAGCCCCGCAUCCUGGCUCAGGGCCCU